AUGGUGAACGUUCCUAUGAUCUACGCGGUCAUCGCGAUUCUCGUGACCGUUAUCGCGACCGCUGAAGCCGGCGGCUACGAAGACGUGUUGGGGUUAGUCGCCCGAGCAGGAUCCUAUGCUAGCUGCAAAGGAUCAAUCGCGGACUGUAUAGCCGAAGAAGAAGAGUUCGAGUUCGAUUCUGAGAUCAGCAAGCGCAUUUUAGCGUCGAAGAAGUAUAUAAGCUACGGUGCGAUAAGGAAGAACAAUGUUCCUUGUUCCCGACGCGGCGCAUCUUACUACAACUGCAAACGUGGUGCUCAGGCUAAUCCUUACCGACGCGGUUGCAGCACAAUUACGAGGUGCAAGCGUUGA